AAAAAAUAUGGACCCGACCCGGACCCGGUAGUAACCCGGGCCGGUCCCGGACCUUCUACCAAAAAUCAAAAGCCCGGCCGGGCCUAGGCCCGGACCAGAGUCCAUGACUAUUUCUAGAACGAAAAAAUUGCGGGGAUGUAAAAAAACAUUGGCUGUCAAGAAAAGUUAUGGAUAAUUAAUUAUAAGUCCUACAUUUUGUUGAAACUGCAAGACAGCAGCCUUAUCGGCUACUAACUAUAAUAUAUCUGCUCGGCUGAGAAAGAAUCUUGUGUUUGCAAAAUGGAUACCUUUCUACUCACAGUUGCUUCGGAAGUUGGAAGGUGCAUAGUCGGUUUUGAUGGGUACUCUGGAACCCAAAUCUUUCCUGCCAAAUCAUCAGCAAAAUUCCAUCUUCCCUCCUCUUCCUCUUCUUCUUUCUCUCUUCCAUUUUCCUCCGGGAAGUUGAGAUUUUCCUCCCUCAUUGCGGCAGCAAAGAACAAGAAGGCCGACAACCAUAGCUUCUUCCCCAGACCAGAUGAAGCCACCGGUCCUUUCCCCGAAGCCGUCCUUCUCAAAGAGGUCGGAGAAGAUGGUAGGCUUGAGUUUGCAGAUGCUGAAGAGCAAGCACUGUAUGAGUCUUUAAAUCUUCAGCUGGAGAGUGAAUUAAAUGUCGAAAAAAUGCGGCAUUAUGAAGUAGUGUACUUGAUUCAUGAAGAUCACAAGGAUGAUGUGGAGAGUGUGAAUAUGAUGGUUCAAGAAUUUGUGAAGGAGAAGAAAGGGAGGGUAUGGAGAUUCAAUGACUGGGGUAUGAGAAGACUAUCAUACAAGAUACGUAAAGCGACGCAGGCACACUACAUUUUGAUGAACUUUGAAAUGGACGCCAAAUGGAUUAAUGAUUUCAAGGAAUUGCUUGACAAGGACGAGAGAGUUAUUAGACAUCUUGUCAUGAAGAAGGACAAUGCAGAGACUGAGGAUUGCCCCCCUCCUCCAGACUACCAAUCUAUGUGUGGUGAUGAGGAUGAGGAUGAGGAUGAGGAUGAGGAUGAGGAUGAGGAUGAGGAUGAGGAUGAGGAUGAGGAUGAGGAUGAGGAUGAGGAUGAGGAUGAGGAUGAGGAUGACGAUGAAGAAAUCGAUGACUGUGAUGGAGAUGAGAUUGAUGAUGAGUUUGGCGCUGAGUUAGAAAUAGAUGAUGAUAAUGAUGAUGAUGAUGGUGCUAUUUAUGUGGAACAAGAAGCAGAAGAUAUAGUUUUUUUUAGUACAAUGGAAAGGUGAAGAAGGGAAAGUGGAUAAGAGGAAGCUGAGUACCGCAAGUCAGGAGAGAGUGGAAAUGUAAUUGACAAAAACGGAGGCGGCUUACCACAUCUUACUCCAAUGAUCAAGUUUGCUUAUUAUGGCCCCGUUUAUGAGAAAAAUUGAUCUACCUUGGUUAGUAAACGUAAGCAAAUGUGUUCCCUCAUUGAACAUGGGAUGAUCCUUGAGUACGCGUGGACAAGGACUAAGUUUCAAAUUGAGACCUUUCGUGUUUUUUGCCCAAAAUUGAAUUGGAAUUUUGGCCCCGGAACCGGCGUAGGAUAUGUUUGGUUUAGUUUAAUACGUAGUAUGAUAUUAAGUCAGAAUCGGUUGAUUCAUGUUGCUUUUUUUUAGUUAAAGCUCAAAUUUUCGAGUUUCAGACUGCCUAAAAUCAGCCCAUGAAUUGUUCCUUGAAGUCAUGGGUCAACUAGAACCAAUUAACUCGGUUGUAGUUGAGGUUCUUCCAAUCUAGGAUCUGCAUUGGUCCCUGUUCACAUUUAACUUGAGGAGUCAAAAGUUGUGUAUUUGAAGCCACUUAUUUUCUAUAAAGAAAUCAAAGCUGUUGUAUGGAGAAUUUUCAAUCUCA